AUGGACCCUCCUCCUUUCUCUCGCCGGACGCUCCACAGCAUCCUAGUCUUCCUGUUCGCGGGAUCGGUUGCGUUGAUUCAACUCGCGCUUCGGGCCGCGCAUGGUAACGAAAUGUCUACUGCCUUCUUUUACGUAUUCGUGGGCAUGAAUAUCAUCGGCGCUUUUAUCCGUUUGCUCAACGUUUACGUCCGUCUUGAUCUGGACCCGUCGGAGCUUGCCCGUUGGGGGCCGCAUGGUCACGAUGGUCCCAACGGGCCUCCCGGUCCGGAUUCUAACCCCGGUGGACGCGGUUCCCAGCCCGACGGAAAUGCAUCUCGACCUUCACAGGGUGGCCCUGCGCGUGGAGGGUCCUCGGCGGCCUUCCGUUCCUCUGAUUCCGCCCCUCGGUCCAGUUCUGGUCGAUACAGAGGGCAUGCAGUGUUCCUCAUGAUCGUGCUAAUCGCAAUCAUGUAUCUACAGUUCGUCUCAUCCCGCGGUAAUGAAUACUUCUGCGAAAUCGACGAGGACUACCUGACCGAUCGCUUUAACCUCACCGGGUUGAACACCGAGGUUUCCUACUACCAGUACGCCCUUGACCUUGUGACUGACGUUUUCGAUCUUGAUGCCGACGACGAUCUGCGCGAGCAAAUCGAAAAGUCCGCCCGUCACCUCUAUGGCUUGGUUCAUGCUCGAUACAUUGUUACCACUCGUGGUCUUGCCAAAAUGCUCGAGAAAUACAAGAAGAGCGACUUCGGAAAGUGCCCACGCGUGAUGUGCGAUGGACACGCGCUGCUUCCCCUGGGUGAAUCUGAUCUCCCGAAUGUCAGCACCGUCAAGCUUUACUGUCCAAAGUGCGAAGAUAUCUACAACCCCAAGUCGUCACGUCACUCGUCCAUCGAUGGUGCAUACUUCGGUACCUCAUUCCACUCGAUCCUUUUCCAGGUCUACCCUGCCCUUAAUCCCGAGAAGAGCAGCCGUCGUUAUGAACCCCGGAUCUACGGUUUCAAGGUGCACGCCGCAGCUGCACUUGCUCGUUACCAAGAUAAUCAGCGUGAGGAGCUCAAGUGGCGUCUUGCCGAGGCGGACAUCCAUCACAAGUUCAUCGAGGACAGUGACAGUGAUGAUGACGCAUUCGAAUACGACGACGAUUAUGCUGAAGAGUCAGCCAAACACGACAAGCUCCUCGGUGACGCAGCUUCCACUCGCAUGAACGUCGCCAAGUAA